ACCCCACAGGCCCCCGCUUGGCUCAGCUCCCACAGCCGAUGACGCCCGAGCUCUGUCAGGUGACGGACUCCCUUCUCCUCAGCGGCUCCCGGGCGGCCUGCAGCGCGGCCCUCCUCACCCGGGCCGGGGUCACGUUCUGCGUAAACGUGUCCAGGCAGCAGCCAUGCCCCAACCUGCCAGGAGUCAGGACCCUCAGGGUCCCCGUCUUCGACGACCCCUCAGAGAACCUGUACGAGCACUUGGAGCCGUGCGCGGACGCCAUCGAGGCCGCCGUGAGGGACGGGGGCAGGUGCCUUGUUUACUGUAAGAACGGUCGCAGCCGCUCGGCGACCAUCUGCACCGCCUACUUGAUGAGGCACCGAAGGAUGACCCUGAAGGAGGCGUUCCAGACUGUGAAGAAUGCCAGACCAGUAGCUGAGCCCAAUCCAGGAUUUUGGUCUCAGCUUCAGAGAUACGAAGAAGCUUUACAGACAAAGUCCCAUCCAGAACAAUCUUCCAGAAAGGCAUUUCUUCCAGAUAGACAUCAUUCUGAAUGAAGAACAAUCUCCUUUGAAAUUCUGCUAAGAUCGCAAUUACCAGUCUCCAUUUUACAGGCUAGCAAUACUGUAAAACCCACUGCAAUGAGAAGCAAAGGUCUUAGUGUUUUUAAGCCUUAAAAAAUCCAUUUCAGGAAUGCAAUCAGACAAGACCAUCAGCAGAUGAUAAUUUGGGUAUAUUGGAGAUACCUUUAUAUUAAUGAGAUCAAAACUAUAAAAAAAAAAGCCCCCAAAUGAAUAACCAUCUAGGGUAAUUAUUUAUACUCCUUCUCUGGUUCACACAUGAUAAGUCAAGAUCUUUUUUUAUUUUUUCCAAUUUUAACCCCUCUGUCCUGCUAAGGAAGGCCUAAUGUAGCCCUUCUUUUCCUAAGGAGGGACUCUAAAAGUAGGGUCAAUCUUGUUUCUUGUACCUGUACCUGCUGUCUGGUAUUGCCAUUCAACCCCUAAGGAAUAUUUAGGAAAGUAUUGGGUGAUUUCUAACCUUUCCCUCUAAUCCAACUCGGCAAGGCAAUUGAUCUCACAUUUUAAAGACCUGUACAACCGAUGACCUCAGUAUUUCUGUCAAAUUGUCCCUGGAUUAAGAUUAGAUCAGUAAUACUGGAGUUCAGUUUGCCUUUACACUCAGUUCUCCUGCAGUACAGGAGUUGCCCUCUUAAUGAAUGUCACAUUACAGAAAAACUUGCAUUUUAUUUUGGGCACUUUAACCAAGACAAAGA